CACUCAGACACCAAGUGUAUUCGAAUCCAGAAUCUGAAGCAAGCCCAUUCUCAUCCAUUCUUCAGAAAUCUUCACCUGUGAAAUCCUCCCAAGAUUAACAAUGGCGUUCAGAGUGAUGAUGCUGACUCUAGCUGUGGCUCUGGUGGCUACUCAAUGGACUCAAACCGCUGCACAAUCGAGCUGCACCAGUGCACUCACUAGCAUGAGCCCUUGCCUUAACUAUAUAACGGGAAGUUCACCAACCCCAUCGUCUACAUGUUGCUCCCAGCUCUCCAGUGUGGUUCAGUCCUCACCACAGUGCCUCUGCUCCGUGCUUAAUGGCGGUGGUUCCUCUCUGGGAAUCACCAUUAAUCAAACCCUUGCUCUGUCUCUCCCUGGAGCUUGCAAAGUGCAAACUCCACCCGUAAGCCAAUGUAAAGGAGCUGGUAAUGCACCGACCACUCCUUCAAAUGCUCCAGCAGGGUCUCCAGUUGGUUCUCCUGAAGGGUCCAUCGCACCUUCAGCCUCAGACAUUCCUAGUGCAGGUGCAGGCUCUAAGACAGUGCCCACAGUAGACGGUGGCUCAUCGGACGGAAGCUCCAUGAAAGUUUCCUUCCAUUCAAUGCUCUCACUCCUUCUCAUUGCGUCCUUUGUCUCUGCUGUCACUUAUUUCUGAUUUUUCAUUCUACAGAGAUUUUAUUUUUUAAGUUUUAUUGUUUGCUGCCAUUCAAGAUUUAUGUUUGGUUGUAAUGAUGAGUUUGGUUAUGUACUCGUAAUAUUCAAAUUAAGAAUGAUAUGACUCAUA